CUCAAUCCCGGCGAGGCUGGGGCUCCGGCUCGGCGUCCCCUUCCUCGCUCCUUCGCCCGGCGCCCCAUGCCGCCCCCUCCCGGCCCCCGGGUCCCCCAGUCCCCCACUUAGGGCGGCACACAAUUCCCGGGGUGCUGGCGCGUGGGCCGGGGAGCGUAGGGCGCCGGCAGACGGCCCCUGGAAGAGCUCUUGUGGGGCUGAGCGCUCUGGAACCGGGGUGCGGGCAGAGCAGGAAGCGGGUCCGCGAGGGCGCUGGGGGCAUCAGCCACUCACCAGGGUGAUCCUCGCUCAACAGCCAGGCAGCCAAGGCAGUCACCCCUGGGGGUGAGCGACUUUGGGGGAGUUGGUGCCCCGCCCCCCAGGCCUUGGCGGGGUCAUGGGGGCCCCCCAUUCUGGGCCGGGGGGCGUGCGAGUCGGGGCCCUGCUGCUGCUGGGUUUUUUGGGGCUGGUGUCCGGGCUCAGCCUGGAGCCCGUCUACUGGAACUCGGCGAACAAGAGGUUCCAGGCAGAGGGUGGUUAUGUGCUCUACCCUCAGAUUGGGGACCGGCUAGACCUGCUCUGCCCCCGGGCCCGACCUCCUGGCCCCCACUCCUCUCCUAAUUAUGAGUACUACAAGCUGUACCUGGUAGGGGGUGCCCAGGGUCGUCGCUGCGAGGCACCCCCUGCCCCAAACCUUCUUCUCACUUGCGACCGGCCAGAUCUGGAUCUCCGCUUCACCAUCAAGUUCCAGGAAUACAGCCCUAACCUCUGGGGCCAUGAGUUUCGCUCGCACCAUGAUUACUACAUAAUUGCCACAUCAGAUGGGACCCGGGAAGGCCUGGAGAGUUUACAGGGAGGUGUGUGCCUAACCAGAGGCAUGAAGGUGCUUCUCCGAGUGGGACAAAGUCCCCGAGGAGGGGCUGUUCCCCGAAAACCUGUGUCUGAAAUGCCCAUGGAUAGAGACCGAGGGGCAGCCCACAGCCUGGAGCCUGGGAAGGAAAGCAUGCCAGGUCUGUUCUGUUCUUCUUCCCUAGCAUCCUCCUCCUUACAUCUCCCUUUACCCUCUUGGCUUCUUAUCUUGUGCCUCUCCCAACUCCUGGGUGGGGGUGUCAAAGCAUUUUUCCCCUUAGCUCUUGGCCUCCCUCCUGACCUCUCAUACAACCGCUCCUCUCAGUCUGCCAAAAAUGGGGGCCUUACGGGGAAGGCUCUGGCACUCCACCCCAGAUCAGGGCAUGGGCAGCAGGGCCUCCUUCUCUGCCCUGCCCCAGGCCUCUACAUACUUACUCCAGCCAUUUGGGGUGGUUGGGUCACGACAGCUACCAUGAGAAGAAGUGUCCCGUUUUGUCCAGUGGCUGAUAGCAAGAUAUGAACCUGUUGGGACAUUGUGGACAUGGUCUGAUGCUGAAUGGGCCACUUGGGACAGGAAGUGACUUGCUCCAGUCAAGAAGUGACCAGGCCUGGACAGAAAUGGCCUGGGAAGUGGCAGAAGCAGUGCAGCAGGAACUGGAAGUGCCUUCAUCCAGGACAGGAAGUAGCACUUCUGAAAUAGGAAGUGGUCUGGCUGGAACUCCAAGUGGCUUAGUCUGGGGGAUUGGGGGGUGGGAGGUGGAUGGUUCUUACCCUGUGGAGAAAGGGGCAGGAGGAACUUCCUGUUUCAGGAGGAAGCUGGAACUUACUGACUAUAAGGGGACAGAGGUGGACUGAGGAGGACUUUCCUAGUAUUCAGUGGCACUUCCCAGGAUCUCCCUUCCCUUGUGCUCUGUGUGAUUUUAGGACAGCUAAGAUGACUGCCAUCUGCUGUGGCAGGCCUAAUUUGUCUUGUUCUUCCCUUUCCAUAUCCCAAUAUAAUCUCUGUUAAUCACAGGACUGCCCCAAGAGCCCAUGUGUUCUCCCCCAGUAACCAGAUGGCUGUCUUGUUCAUCCCAUCCUCUCAACACAGCUCCCUUCUUAGUGACCAAAAUGGUGGCCUACCUAGACUGGUCUAGUUGACAGUGGUACUUAGCAACAGCUGCUGUUUCCAUAGUGACCAGUCUAUACCUCUUCCUGCCUUCUAGUGCUCAAUUGGCUGUUGCCUCAGUUUCCUCCCAGCUCAGUUUUAUUAGAUCAAAGCUGCCCUUGGGCACCAAGUUGGCCACCUCAAUCACCAGCCAAGAUGGUUGCUUUGUUCACCAGAGACCAGAUCAAUCUCUCUGGUGCUGUAGUUCCCAGCUCCUUCCAGGGAACAGGAAGUUGAUAUUGCCAUGGGGGAGGUGGCGGGGUACAGCCGUCACCUCAAUAGUUUUACUGUAAAAGGGAAAUUUGAACAACAAAAACCAAAAAAAGAAUAAAAAACUUCAAAAGUUG